AUGAAGGACCGACUGGCGCAGCUAAAGGAGGUCUGUGUUUGUGUGUGUGUGUGUGUCUUUCAGAUUGAAGAUAUCCGUGUGAGCAUUGACAAGAUAGACGAGAGCAUCACAGAAAUCAAAAAACUGUACUCCACCAUCUUGUCGGCCCCCACAUCUGACCAGAAAACACAAGAUGAUGUUGAAGCUCUCACCAAUGAGAUCAAGAAAUCAGCCAAUAAUGCCAGAAACAAACUUAAGAGUAUUGAGCGCCAGCUUGAGUCCAACACAGAUGAGAGGACCUCAGCCGACCUGAGGAUACGCAAAUCCCAGCAUGCUAUCCUGGCCAAGAAGUUUGUAGAGGUGAUGACAAAAUACAACGAGGCUCAAGUGGACUUCAGAGAUAAGAGCAAAGGACGAAUCGCCCGACAGUUGGAAAUCACGGGGAAAGCAACGACUGACGAGGAACUUGACGAGAUGCUGGAGGGAGGCAACUCGGCUGUCUUCACUGCCGGGAUCAUGGACUCUAAGAUCAACCAGCAGGCCCUGAAUGAGAUCGAGGCUCGUCACAAAGACAUUAUGAGGCUAGAAAGCAGCAUCAAAGAGCUCCAUGACAUGUUUGUGGAUAUCGCCAUGCUGGUUGAGAAUCAGGGUGGCAUGAUUGACAGAAUUGAGAGCAACAUGGAUCAGUCGGUGGGCUUUGUAGAGAGGGCAGUGGCCGACACCAAAAAGGCAGCCAAAUUUCAGCAGGAGGCACGCAGGAAACAAAUGAUGAUCUUCUGCUGCUGUGUGAUUUUGGCCUUGGUACUCGGUUCAUUUGUCUACAGCUUCUUCAAAUAGAAAACCAGAAUGAGGCCACCCCGCUAACUCCACACAGUACAGGAUGAGGCAGAGCAGAGCAGCUCGCCGACGGUCACAUAAUUCAGCCUGGGCUCUGUUUACUGUCAUUUCAACUAAUUCAAGAUAAACAUUGAAGCUGCAAAUAUUUGCAUUCUUCUCAGUUAUUUCUGAACAUGUUCUAACAACUAUUUUUAACCUUCUCUGGCUGCCCCACAGCUAAAUUGAGUUUCAAUGUAGUGGCUGGAUAUUUCAAGUUAAAGGCAUGGAGUCAAGUCAUGGGUCAGCAUUCAGGGUCAGCUCCGGAACUUACUGAGAGCCAUAUGAUAUUAGUGUUAAACAAAGCAUUACUUAAAUAACAUUUUAGAUAAACUCUCCAAUGCUUACACUGCAUUGCAUCAAAUACCCCGCCACCACAAAAUAACCUCAGAAACACCAUAGUUCAACCAACAGAGCAAUCGAUCGUUCCAACAAAAACCUGAACAUCGUUGUGUUGAUAAAUAUAAGAUGUUUUGUCAAGCUGUAACUAAUGCAGUUGAAAUCAGAAUACCUUACAAAACGUAGAAAGAAACUGUCCCAUUUAAAGUAAGCAGUCUUUUGUAUGAAUUGCCCUCAUAGCCCAAUUUUGGGAAAUAUGUCUUCCUUCUUUGACUCUGCCUUCAGAAAAAAUACUGUUGCAGUAGUUAUUUGAAUUUGUAUGGUAUUAAGUGCCGGCAUUUUCAGUAAAUGCUGGUGUAUAUGUAGGACUUUUCAGGAGUAUUGAGUUUAGAUUAGCUAGUGAGUGGCAAUGUAGAACAAUUACUACAAAGAGUAGAUUUCUACAUUCAUAUACCCUGAAUAUCUCAGUCUCCCUUACACAAUUACCACUCUGAUUUA